UCCUGAAAUUCAUGUUAAUGCAUUGAGAAAAGGGGAAACAAAAACAACUCAAAUAUUUGAAAGUCAGUUCAGAUAGUUUCAUUUGAAAGUAUGUAACGUCGUACAAUAAUCAGACCUAAAUUUGUUUACAGUACGAAAGCCUUCACAUAUACACUCACUGAGCAGUUUAUUAGGAACACCUGUACACCUACUGAUCCAUGCCAUUAUCUAAUCAGCCAAUGCAAUGCAUAAAAUCAUGCAGAUAUGGGCCAGCAGCUUCAGGUAGUGUUCACACCAUCAGAAUGGGGAAAAAUGUGAUUUCAGUGACUUUGACUGUGGCAUGAUUGUUGGUGCCAGACUGGCUGGUUUGAGUAUUUCUGAAUCUGCUGAUCUGGGAGUUUCACACACCACAGUGUCUAGAGUUUACUCAGAAUGGUGUAAUAAAGAAAAAACAUCCUGUUCCACGGACGGAAACACCUUGUUGAUGAGAGAGGUCGACGGAGAAUGGCCAGACUGGUUCGAGCUGACAGAAAGGCUAUAGUAACACAGAUAAUCACUCUGUACAAUUGUGGUGAGCAGAAAAACAUCUCAGAAUGCACAACACAUAGCGCUCCUUGAGGCGGAUGGGCUACAACAGCGGAAGACCACGUCGGGUUCCACUUCUGUCAGCCAAGAACAGAAAGCUGAGGCUGCAGUGGGCACAGGGUCACCAAAACGGGACAGUUGAAGACUGAAAAAGUUUAUCUUUGUCUGAUGAAUCUUGAUUUAUGCUGAGGCACACAGAUGGUAGGGUCAGAAUUUGGAACCAACAGCAUGAAUCCAUGGACCCAACCUGCCUUGUGUCAACAGUCCAGGCUGGUGGAGGUGGUGUAAUCAAUCAAGGCUUGAAUGCCAUGUGCAUCCCUUCAUGGCCACAAUUUACCUAUCUUCUAAUGGCUACUUCCAGCAUGAUAAUGCACCAUAUAGCGAAGCAAAAGUCCUCUCAAAUUGGUUUCAUGAACAUGACAAUGAGUUCAGUGUUCUUCAGUGGCCUUUCCAGUCACCGGAUCUGAAUCCAGUAGAACACCUUCGGGAUGUGGUGGAACGGGAGAUUCGCAGCAUGAAAGUGCACCUGCAAAAUUCCUGCAUCACCCAGGAACUGCGUGAUGCAAUCAUGUCAGCAUGGACCAGAAUCUCAAAGGAAUGUUUCCAACAUCUUGUGGAAUCCAUGCCAGGAAGAGUUGAGGCUGUUUUGAGAGCAAAGUGAGGCCCUACCCAGUAUUAGUAUAGUGUUCCUAAUAACGUGCUCUGUGAGUGUAAGUGGCUGUUUAUAUUAGUUUAUUAAUCUUCAUAUUUUCAUAACUUAUUUAUAAAUAAAGUGAAUAAAUUCAUAUAAUUAGAAUUCUCUAAUGGAGUGUGUGCUCAUGUACAGGCCCACAUACAUUUCUGAUGUAUGCGCAUUAUCCAUUCCAUAAUCUUCAGUCUUGUAUUUUCCUUGCAGUACUUUUUUAUAAUAGAAAUGGUUCUGUACACCAUAGACUCACUGUAUGUAUUAACACUUUGUUUGUGGACAUUUAUUAGAUUUAAUUCUGAUUAUUUGCUAUAAAACAAGAUCCAUCAAGAUGGCUGCCGAGUAUUUUUAAACUGGCCCACUUUGGUGUAAAAAAAAAAAAAAAAACAAAGACAACCCUGGCAAUCUUGUUAUUAACUCUCCUGUCCACUGCUCCUCCUCCACUGAAAAUGUUCAGAGGGAAAAUAACCUUUGAAGUGAGAUAUGAGCACAUAUGAAUUAUAUAAAAUGGUGCUUUGCAGUGUCACUAGCAAUUAACAAUAUGUUCAGCUACCAUAUAAAGAUCUGUGCCCUUUUUGCCGUGCUCCAAAAUCUAGUGGAAAGCCUUCCCAAAAGAGUGAAAGUUAUUAACAGCAAAAGGGGUCUAAAUCUGGAAUGGGAAGUUCAAAAAUCACAUAUGGGUGCAAUGAUAAAGCAAGUGUAACAGACUCUGACUUCUGCAUUUUUUGUAGGACUGACGCAACACAAGUUUCGUCAAAACGGUGUUUUACAUAUGAAAAAAUAACCAAAACAUGCUGCAAAGCCUUUUUUGUCUGACACCUCUUCCCAUAUUACAUUAGCAAAUAAGGCACAGAUCAUUAAAUGCUAGAUGAGCAUAUCGUUAGUAGCUAGUAACGUUGCAAAGUUGUAUUUGUUGUCAUCACUUUAGGCCACUAUAUAGCCAUUUUACUGUAAAUUAAAUUGAACAUAAUAAAACAACUAUGUUGUUAAACUAUGUUGGUAAAUGAACAACAGAGAUGAUUGUGGAGUACAGAAUACAUACAUUAUAUAGCCAAAAGUUUGUGGACGCCUGACUAUCACACCCAUAUCCCAUUACAGAUUUAGUCCCCCUUUGCGGUUAUAAUAACCUCCAAGUUUCUAGGAAAGCUCUCCACUAGAUUUUGGAGCACGGCUGUGGGGAUUUGUGCUCAUUCAGCCACAAGAGCAUUAGUGAGGUCAGACACUGAUAUCGGGUGAGAAGGCAUGGGGCACAGUUGGCAUUCCAGUUCAUCCCAAAGGUGUUCAGUGGGGUCGAAGUCAGGACUUUGUGCAGGACACUCGAGUUCUUCCACUCAAACCUUGGCAAACCAUGUCUUCAUGGACCUCACUUUGUGCUAAAGGGCACUGUUAUGAUGGAAAAGGUUUAAGCUAGCCCACUUAGUUAGAAGGGAAACUGUAAAGCAACAGAAUAUAAAGUUUUAUGGAUUGGGAAAUUAAAAUCUUUGUCAGUAUCAUUUACCUUAUUAUGCAUAUAACAAUUCAGUCAUAGCAAAGGGCCUUUGGAUUGCAAGAGAUUUGUUUCAUUUAAUUAUGAUUCACAGAUGACUUGACAAUAUGUGCCUACUUCUUCCAGUCUUACAUUAGCAUAAGGGAGCACCAUCACUACAACUGCUAAAUCUGGAAAUUAGGCUCUGCUAUGAAAUUGGAGAUGUACAGAAGUAAAGAUCUACUUUUACAUGUAUUUCUGUAUGUCUGUAAUUUCAUAGUGGAGACUAAUUUCAGGAUUUACAUGUUAUAGUGAUGGCAUUGUGGUCCCAAACAAGCACCCUUUGCAAUAUAUCUGAAAACAGAAAUGGUUCUAUACAUUGUAGAGAGGCCUAAACUGCCUGCAUUUAAAUAGACCAAUGCCUGCAUUUAAAUAGACCAAUGUCUGUAUAUUCUGUAUAUGAGUGGAAAACAUGGUGUCAUGUGUGGAGGUGUCUCUCUUUAAUACUGACUGCAGCUUCAGUCACGCCCAUCAAAAGUGCCUUGCCAUUUUUUUUUUAGUUUGUUGCAUAAGAGACAAUCCUGUAUCUGGGAAGUAAGCUAAAAUACAUUGCACAACCUUUUAGCUGUGCAGUGAUAUUGCUUAGGUGUGGGACGUGCAUGGAGCAAACAGUACUGCUCACAUGGACAAGAAAGAGUGAUCUUUGCUCUUUGAUAUAAAUUAAUACUCCAGAAUGAAGAAGGUGAAAGUUGUUGUAAUUGGAGCAGGUGUGGUUGGGAUGUCUACAGCAGUGUGUAUAGCUGAGGCUUUGCCCUUCUGCACCGUCACCAUACUGGCUGAGAAAUUCUCUCCAGACACCACCAGUGAUAUAGCUGCUGGGAUCCUUCUGCCCAAGGAGAUUCCAGGUGUUCCUCUGGAACGUCAGCAGCGUUGGUUUAAAGGCACAUUUGAUCAUCUGCUGGCAAUUGCUGAAUCACCGCUGGCCUCAGAAGCAGGAGUAUUCCUGAGCUCAGGAUACCAGGUAUUCAAAGAGGUCCCUAGUAUCACAAAACCAUACUGGGCUGAUACUGUGUUUGGAUUUCGGACUAUGACAGAUCAUGAAUUAAAGAGAUUCCCCAAUCAUAAGUUUGGUCAAGCUGUAACCACUAUAAAGUGUGAAAGCCUCAGAUAUCUGCCCUGGCUGGAGAAAAGGUUGACAAAAGCAGGCGGUCGGAUGAAACGAGAGAAAGUGACUGACCUUCAGCAGCUUGCUCAUAGCUAUGAUGUCAUUGUCAACUGCUCAGGCCUCGGCUCCCGUUCUUUGGUGGGGGAUGAGCAGAUCUACCCAGUACGUGGCCAGAUCAUCAAAGUUCACGCUCCCUGGCUGAAGAAUUUCAUUCGUGAUGGAAAUGGAAAUGCCUACAUCUACCCUGGCAUUGACUACGUCACUCUGGGGGGUACACGGCAGGUCAAUGACUGGCGUUUGGAGGUGGAUACGGAUGACAGCAAGGGCAUCAUGGAGCGCUGCAGUGAGUUUGUACCAUCCCUAAGGACCGCUCAGGUACUGGGAGAAAAGGUGGGUCUGAGGCCUGGCAGAAGCAACGUGCGUCUGGAGAGAGAAUGGCUGCAGGUCCAGGAUCGGCAGGUGCCACUGGUGCACAACUACGGCCAUUACUCCUGGGGCAUCUCUCUGAGCUGGGGCACUGCACUGGAGGCACUGGACUUGGUGAGGAAAAGUCUGCAUGAGAAACCACCUCGUGCCAGACUUUGAAUGGACAGAAGUCAUAUAGACAUGCUAAUUAAAUAAGCUCCCUGAACAAAAAAAUUACUCUGCAGCAGGGGUUCCAAACUUUUUUCAUGGGGGCCAGAUUAGACUACAUUAAAAUACCCAAGGUGUAUAUAUAUAUAUAUAUAUAUAUAUAUAUAUAUACAUAAUUUUUGUGGAAUUACUGCAGCAGGAUAUCACCUAACAGCUGUAGGUUGUUAUUCUCCUUCUUCUUCUUUCCAGCUCUUUUGAAAUCACUCCCUCUCACUGUUAACUUUGCACUUUUUGUCUGUAGCCCUGACUAAAUAUCAUUCAGUAAAUUAAAGAGAAAAAGUUAAAAUUCCAGUUAAAAUCUGUCCCUGGGCCACACUUGGCCCUGGGGUCAGACUUCGGACACCCCUGCUAUACAGUGUCAAUAUGUUGCAGACCUGGUUGGAUAUACAGUGGUGUGAAAAAGUGUUGGCCCCCUUCCUGAUUUCCAAUUUUUUUGCAUGUUUGUCACACACUAAUGUUUCAGAUCAUCAAACAAAUUUAAAUAUUAGUCAAAGAUAACAUGAGUAAACACAAAACACAGUUUUUAAAUGAAGGUUUUUAUUAUUAAGGGAAAACAAAAUCCAAAACUACAUGGCCCUGUGUGAAAAAGUGUUUGCCCCCCCAGUUAAAACAUAACUUAAUUGUGGUUUAUCACACCUGAGUUCAAUUUCUCUAGCCACACUCAGGCCUGAUUACUGCCACACCUGUUUGCAAUCAAGAAAUCACUUAAAUAGGACCUCCCUGACAAAGUGAAGUAGACCAAAAGAUCCUCAAAAGCU